AUGGAGCAAAGCCAGAGCGACUUCUUUGGAAAGCUACCUGCAGAAUUGCGAUUGGAGAUCUACAGCAUGGUAUUUCGCGACAUUGAUAAUAUUACUGUGGAUGCAUACGACAAGGCGGAGGAUGACAUGUUCAAGUUCAGCGCCGACCCUGGACGCUCAACAGGCAUCCUACGUACCUGCCGAAGGAUCUACCACGAAGCCAUCGGUAUGCUAUACUCAGAGAUCGACUUCACAUUCGCAAGCUACAGACGUUUCAUCCUCUUCACUCGCUCGAUCCCACCACCACGCUUAGCUAGUAUCAAGCGCAUUGCCAUCGAGAAUAUUGGUUCGAGAUGGAUUUCCGAGAUCACUGAAGAGGAGCGAUACAGCCGUUAUUUCGAAUACGACGACUUCUUCACAGCAAUCGCAUCUUUGCCCAGACUUGAGUCCCUUGACCUGGAAUUUGUGGCAAGAACGUGGCAUGUCUAUCCCUAUGAGCGCCGGGACGAUAUUGAAUUAUUGGAUGAGAUCGAGCAAAGAUGCAAUACGGAUGGCGCUGAAGUUUGGUAUAGGAUACGUGCGUCUCCGAUAGAAGCAGAGAGGCUGCGGGAAUGGGAGUAUGAGAGGAAGAAGGAUAGAGUAUCUUGGACGACAUGGGAGAUACAUCCUUACCAAUACACUAGAUUAUGGUGA